GGCUCUGUUUUCUUCCUUCCUUUUUUGUAUUAGAGAGGCUAUAAACUUUGCAGAUCAUUUGCAGUUCUAUCGAAAUUUGUGCAAACAAAACAGAACCGUUCUCCGCCUUCGCAACGCAUCGCAUCACUCACAACAUUGUCAGCUGUUCUCGCGGAAGAAGAGAGUGACUUAUCAAUCGCGGAAACAUGAGACUCCCCGCCCUAAUUUUGGGGAUUUUAAGCUUAUUUUUAAUUGUGGGCGUUGCCAGUGCCAAAUACUUGUACAAAACCAAGUUCCUGGAUGUACCGUUGGAUCAUUUCAGCUACGUCAGCGAGAAUGUGACCUUUCCGUUGAGAUACCUCACUAACGAUACGUACAAUCCGGACGGCAGUGGUCCAAUCUUUUUCUACACCGGCAAUGAGGGUGACAUCGAACUGUUUGCCCAAAACACCGGCUUCAUGUGGGAACUGGCGGCGGAACUGAAAGCGUCACUCGUGUUCGCAGAACACCGAUUCUAUGGAAAAACUCUCCCGUUUGGAAACAGUUCCUACGACUCACCGAAGCAUCUUGGUUAUCUAACGUCGGAGCAAGCGUUGGCGGAUUUCGCGUUCCUGCUGGACAAGCUGAAUCCUAGCAAUCGGACGAUGAGAGGUCGUCCGGUGAUAGCGUUUGGUGGAUCCUACGGUGGCAUGCUAGCGGCCUGGAUUCGGAUAAAAUAUCCCCACUUGGUAACGGGGGCCAUCGCUGCCUCCGCUCCCAUCCGACAGUUCGAUACCGAUUGCAGUGUGUUCAAUCAAAUCCUCACAUCGAUUUUUAGUGUGUCCUACACGAGGGAAUGCUCCCAAAAUAUCGCUCGAUCCUGGGAGACGAUGAAGAACUACUCAUCCACUGCGGCAGGGUUGAAAAUUCUCCAGGACACAUUCAAGUUCUGUCCCGGAACUGUCUCCAAAGCGGACGAUAUUACGGGGAAAUUUUUCGAUUAUCUCACCGAUGUUUACGGAAAUCUAGCGAUGAUCAACUAUCCGUACAAUUCGAGCUUUCUGGCACCGGUUCCGGCGUACCCGGUGCGAGAGUUCUGUGGUCGGUUGGAUAAAAAUUUCACCGGACCGGAGCUGCUCUCACGACUGCAGCAGGCCCUCAGCAUCUACACCAAUUACACCGGUCAGACGGUCUGUUUGAAUAUAAACUCUUCGUACGACAGCAGUAUGGGGGAUAAGGGCUGGGAGUUCCAAUCGUGCACCGAAAUGGUAAUGCCAAUGUGCGCCCAGGGUGGUACGAGAGAUAUGUUCCCCAAGCAGGCGUGGGAUGGGAAGAAGUACUCGGAGGAUUGCUUCAAGAAGUACGGAGUGCGACCGCGGCCGAGAAGCGCACUCACCAUGUAUGGAGGGCAGUUCCUGGACGGAGUCUCCAAUAUUGUCUUCAGCAACGGGCUGCUGGAUCCCUGGUCAGGUGGUGGAGUUCUGCGUUCCUCGAAUAGCAAUAUAAAAAUCGUUCUGAUUCCCGAAGGGGCCCAUCACAUCGACUUGCGAGCUUCCAAUCCGAACGAUCCGGGCUCCGUUAUCGCCGCUCGCCAAAUUCACUCCCAAAACAUCCAACUAUGGAUCAAACAGUACCGCAAGGCGAAAAACUUUCGUUGAGAUUAAAGACGAAUUUCUUUGAUUUAUGUGUGUAUAUUUGUAGUUUAUCAGUUUGUUACAGAAACACAGGGAUGGGAGAAAACAUAACAUAGAAUGCAAACACGAAGUUAAAAUAAAACUAUUUUAAAUAAUUUUGGGCCCAAAUAUAGGGGAUUGUUUCACGAA